CGCCGCUCACCUGCGCAGGCUUUAUGGACCGCAGUUCGAAGAGGAGACAAGUGAAGCCUUUGGCAGCUUCGCUGCUGGAAGCUUUAGAUUAUGAUAGCUCUGAUGACAGUGAUUUUAAAGUUGGAGAUGCUUCAGAUUCUGAAGGAAGUGGUCAUGGGAGUGAAGAUGCAUCAAAGGACAGUGGUGAAGGUUCCUGUACUGAAUCAGAAGAAAAUAUCUUGGAGGAGGAACCAGCAGAAGAGAAAGUAGAAGAGCAACAGCCAAAAAGCUCCACUGAAGAAGAGGUGCCAACAGCAGACAAAGAGGUAAUUAAAACUGAAAAGAAAGAGCAAGAAGAUGAAGAAGAAAAGCCAAAAAAGAAGAAAGAGAAAGCAGCUGAACCUGAUGCUGUGGCUGAUGAGCAAACAAAUGAACCAAAAAAAUGGAAUUUGCGCAGGAACCGACCUUUGCUGGAUUUUGUAUCAAUGGAAGAACUAAAUGAUAUGGAUGACUAUGAUAGUGAAGAUGACAAUGACUGGCGGCCUACUGCUGGGAAAAAAAAGGGAAAAAACACACUGCGAAAAGAGGGGAGUGAUGGAGAUAAUGAGGAUGAUGAAGAUGAUGGGAGCGGAAGUGAUGAAGAUGACAAUGAUGAGGAAGGAAAUGAAGAAGAUAAUAGCAGCACAGCUAGUGAUGGAGGAUCCAAGAAGAAGAAGAGUAAAGUUCUUAACAGGAAUAAUGCAGAUGAUGAGGAGUUGACAAAUGAUAGCCUGGCUCUUUCACAAAGCAAGAGUAAUGAGGACUCAUUGAUCCUUGAGAAGUCUCAAAAUUGGAGCUCCCAGAAAAUGGACCAUAUUUUGAUUUGUUGCGUUUGUCUUGGAGAUAACAGUGAAGAUGCUGAUGAAAUAAUCCAGUGUGACAACUGUGGAAUAACAGUGCAUGAAGGUUGCUAUGGUGUUGAUGGAGAGAGUGACUCUAUCAUGAGCUCAGCUUCAGAAAAUUCCACAGAGCCUUGGUUUUGUGAUGCAUGCAAAUGUGGUGUCACACCUAGUUGUGAAUUGUGUCCUAACCAGGAUGGGAUCUUCAAGGAGACUGAUGCAGGCAGGUGGGUCCAUAUUGUUUGUGCCCUCUAUGUUCCAGGAGUGGCAUUUGGAGAUAUUGACAAACUGCGGCCAGUAACACUUACAGAAAUGAAUUAUUCAAAGUACGGUGCCAAGGAAUGCAGUUUUUGCGAAGAUCCUCGUUUUGCCAGAACUGGUGUAUGCAUUAGUUGUGAUGCUGGGAUGUGCAGAGCUUAUUUCCAUGUGACCUGCGCUCAGAAGGAAGGCCUCCUCUCAGAAGCAGCAGCAGAAGAGGAUAUAGCUGACCCUUUUUUUGCUUAUUGUAAACAGCAUGCGGACAGGUUAGACAGAAAAUGGAAGCGGAAGAACUACUUGGCAUUACAAUCUUACUGUAAAAUGUCCUUGCAGGAAAGAGAAAAACAGCUCUCGCCAGAAGCUCAGGCUCGAAUCAAUGCCAGGCUACAGCAGUAUCGUGCCAAGGCGGAGCUAGCCCGCACCACCAGGCCUCAGGCCUGGGUUCCCAGGGAGAAGCUGCCGCGACCACUUACUAGCAGUGCUUCAGCCAUACGUAAGCUUAUGCGCAAAGCCGAGUUAAUGGGAAUUAGUACAGACAUUUUUCCAGUGGAUACAUCAGAUACUAGUUCCAGUGUUGAUGGAAGAAGAAAACAUAAACAACCAGCUCUCACUGCUGAUUUUGUGAAUUAUUACCUUGAGAGAAAUAUGCGCAUGAUUCAAAUCCAGGAGAAUAUGGCUGAACAGAAGAAUAUCAAGGAUAAAUUAGAAAAUGAGCAAGAAAAGCUUCAUGUGGAGUAUAAUAAGCUGUGUGAGUCCUUGGAAGAGCUACAAAAUAUGAAUGGAAAACUGCGAAAUGAAGGGCAAGGCAUUUGGGCUCUGCUGGGUAGAAUCAUUGGACAGAAAUUGAAUAUACCAGCCAUUUUACGUGCUCCUAAGGAAAGGAAACCAAGUAAAAAGGAAGGAGGAACGCAAAAGACAUCUACACUUCCGGCCGUACUUUAUAGUUGUGGAAUUUGCAAGAAAAACCAUGAUCAACACCUGCUGCUACUGUGUGAUACUUGUAAACUCCAUUAUCAUCUUGGUUGCCUGGAUCCACCUCUUACAAGGAUGCCAAGGAAGACCAAGAACAGUUACUGGCAAUGCUCAGAGUGUGACCAGGCAGGUAGCAGUGACAUGGAGGCUGAUAUCGCCAUGGAAACCUUACCAGAUGGGACCAAACGAUCAAGGAGACAGAUUAAGGAACCAGUGAAAUUUGUUCCUCAGGAUGUGCCACCAGAACCGAAGAAAAUUCCAAUCAGAAACACGAGAACUAGAGGACGAAAACGAAGCUUUGUGCCUGAAGAAGAAAAAGCUGAGGAACGGAUUCCCAGAGAAAGAAGACAACGACAGUCUGUUCUACAAAAGAAGCCCAAGUCGGAGGAUUUAAGGACUGAAUGUGCUACCUGCAAAGGGACUGGAGACAAUGAAAAUCUAGUCAGGUGUGAUGAAUGCAGGCUUUGCUACCAUUUUGGCUGUCUAGACCCUCCCUUGAAAAAGUCUCCUAAACAGACUGGCUAUGGAUGGAUUUGUCAGGAAUGUGACUCUACAUCCUCCAAAGAAGAUGAAAAUGAAGCUGAGGCAGAAAAUCCAUCUCAGGAGCUGAAUUUGGAACAGAAAAUCAAAAAAAUAGGAGAUUGCUGUCUUGUUUGAAAUAUUUGCAAGUUGUGUAACAGUGAUUAUAGUUUCUCAUUGUAAAAUUAACAAAAAAGUUCUCAAUAAAGUCAUCGAAAAUUAAA